AUGGAACACAUACCAGCCACAGUCCUCGGCUCGCUGGCGGUCAACCAACGCGUGGCUCAGGUGCUGACCUCGACGCGGGAGUCUGUCACGGCUGCCUACGAGCAGAACCUUGCGGCUGCUGAUGCUCUCCUGAGCGAGGGCAUAGCCAUGCUCCACUCGGCCCACGAGGCGACGCGUGCACGCCUCAAUGCGACAAGAUUCUCGCUUGAUGCGCCGCUGGCUGGAGAGCUGGAGAAGGUGACGGCCGUCAUCACCGCCCAGUCACGUCUCGCCGCACAUCUCCGCGGCCUCCAUCACCGCUCUGGUGCCCUCCGUGACGGAAACGGACUCGCUCAAGACGAUAAUGCGCUUGCCUCCAUCCGCUUUGGCCUGCCUCGUCACCACCUUCGGUCCUCGGGCAAGCGCCAUCGCCGUCGUGAGCGAAAGCCGCGCAAGGAAUCGGGGCGAUGGCGGGACGAGCGAUCGCGGCGAUGGAGCGAUGACUCGGGCUACUCGUCCGACUCGGACGGCUCGGAUGGCUCGAACAGGUCAUUCACCAAAGGCUUGGAAGCGCGCCCGACGCAAUCCACCGCAGGAGUUGAGACAGCAGAGUCCAUGGCGGCAUUCCUCGCCCGCUAUGCCUCACUCUCAAAGACCAUGGCCGCCGCUGCUGACGGCCACGGCCUGGACAAGCUGGUCAAGGCGCUGCGCCGGGCCGUGGUGAGCACUGUUGUGGACAAUCCGCCCCAGGUGCCAAACUCCGACCGCGGUGAUGGCUGGCGAAAGCCGCCACAGCGCUUUGGCUCGCGCAUCUCCUCGCAGUCGCUUGCCGGUCUGCUCGGCCUCUCGGGCGCCGACCUGCAGCGGGCCAUCUCGUUUACCCUUGACGCCGACGACGCUGGCGACAAGAAUGGCGGCGACAACAGCGACAACGCCUCCGAUGGCGCUGAUGCUGUCGGUGACCUCGAUCCGCCCCCAAUGAGGUACCCAACCAAGCUCGCCCGGCUCUCCAUCACCUCCGCUGAUGUCGAGUCAGCAUCCAUCCAAGACCUAGCUGACACACUCCCGCUUCCGCCUGCACUCGCAGCCACGCUCCAGUCCGGCAUGAUGGUUGUGUCGCAAGACUUGGCACCGCUCCGCCCCUCAACCUCAGACGGCAAGUUUGACCUCUCCCACGGCGGCCCGAGCCCCGAGUAUGCCGGUCCAGUGGCAGUCUCGCUCCCAUCGUCACCGACUCGCUCCUCCAUCCCGGUCUCGCACGCAUCCGCCACCCCACGGUCGGUGCUCUCCAGUGCGCUGAGCUCCGGCGCACCAACCCGGGCUACCUCGCGCGAUGCUACCCGUCCGAGUGCCGCCCGUUCGUCGCGUCUGACCCGGCCGGCGCAGAGUCCAAACCCCGACAACACGCAAGACACCCGCACGGUGCUCCUCUCGCGCAUGCGUGAUCCGCGCUCGUCGUCUGUUGACGCCAUCCGUGCCCGCCACGCAGACUCGGACCCGCUUCAGCGCUACGCCCAGUGGGCCGAUGGCAUCGAGCGCGGACGAACCCAAAAGCAGAUGGAGAAGACCAAGCAGCUUCUCGCCAAGCUCGCCGGCUCCGAUCGUGCGCUCGUCUCCGGCCCCUCAGACCCCGAGCCUUCUGACCCGGUUCCGCGCCCGCGCUCCACCUCGGCCGCACUCACGGCUGCCCCGCGCGCGUGUGCCGGCCUCGCCAGUCUACCCGAGGACCCCGAGGUUGAGGGCCAGCUUGCCUCGCUCGAGCGCCUUGCGCUACGCUACAUCCGCCUCGAGAAACGAUACAAGGAGACAUUGUUUGCCAACGAAGUCCUCCGCGCGCAAAAGGAGCAUCCACCGUCGCUCUUUGCUGCAUCGGGCCAGGCCUCGCCGUUUGCUGAGCUCGCCGCAGCUGUCGCCCAGUCGCGCGCCGCCAGCGGCCCGGCCUUUGCCUCGCACGGAUCGGGCUCGGCGGCGGCAGACUCGAUCACGAGUGACGGUAGUGGCGCCCGCGGCAGCGACAACACCUCGGCCGCACCCAACGAGUGCACCUCACUCGGCUCGCACACCUCGCCCCGCUCCAUCCAUGGCCCGCCAUCCGCCUCCGAAUCGCCGAUCUCAGUCACCUCGGACGAGACCGACCACCAGUCAAAGUGAGCGUAGCCCGCUCAGCCUCGCGUUCGCUAGCAUCAUCUUUGCUUGCAAGGCUACCACAAAUCAAACUCACCGUCGGGUCGCA